CGCCAAAUUGUUUGGAACGGGACUAGGUACAUACAAGGCCCAAUAACAACAACUGUCAUUCAUUCAUUGGAGCUGAGGGGAUAGCACUCAUAGCAGAGGAUAGGAACCUGGUGGUGGCAGUGAAAGAAAGAAAAUUUUUGCCCUCCAGAAAAAGUUUCAGCGGUUUCAGUUUGGAUUUUUGUUCGUUUAUAAUCUUUAUAUUACCAAAUUCAAAAUACAGAUGAAUACAUCAGCUACUCAAGAACAGUCCCAGAGUGAACCAAUACAAGCUCAAACUUGUAUUAUAAUUCAUCCCGGCUCUAAAAAUCUCCGGAUUGGUCGGGCUUCGGACGUCAAUCCACAUACCAUCCUUCACGCUAUUGCCAGGCCAAGGCGACCUAAAGGACCUUUGCAUAGGGAUCCUGUGCUUAUUCCAACAGUAGUAUUGUCUAAAGAAAACAAAUUGCAAGUAGAUGAAACAUACCAGUCUAUGAGAGGAACUUUGCAAUCUUGUCUCAGGUCAGAUGGCACUCCUCGGCCUGCUACUUCUACCCAACAAGUAGCAUUAGCAAACAAACAAUGCACUCCCAUUCAAGGUUCAGUGUCAAAGUUACAAUUUGUAACAAAAUCUGAUGUUGAGGACUAUGUUAUUGGAGAUCAGGUGUUAUAUGCUCAUUCUGAUGACCAAUUUAAUGUUCACUUUCCUUUUCGGCAUGGUGAUUUGAACAUUCAUUCUGGUGUGGGUGGAUCUUUGAGCUCCAUUCUUGCAGAUCUGGAAACUAUUUGGGGCCAUUGUAUUACAAACUUGCUAGAAAUCCCAAAAACAGAAUUGAAGCACUACAGGGCUGUUUUGGUCAUUCCUGACAUUUACAAUCGACUUUUCCUUAAAGAGUUAGUCGGUUUGCUACUUAUUCAGCUUGGAUUUGGAGGCUGCUUUCUCGUACAAGAUCACGUAGCUGCAACUUUCGGUGCAGGACUUGGAGCAGCUUGCGUGGUCGAUUUGGGUGAUCAGAAAACAUCAGUUUCUUGCGUUGAAGAUGCGCUUUCGCAAAGAGCAACCCGAAUUCGUUUAGAUUAUGGGGGGUCUGACAUCACACAAGCAUUUUUCUACUUACUACAGCGUGCAGGUUUCCCGUAUAAAGAAUGCCAACCACAACACCCACUAGACAGCGCCCUUUUGACAAGGAUUAAAGAAGGAUAUUGCCAUUUAAAUCUCGACUUCUGUGGUCUCAGGGACGUGAACUUUGUGGUUGAAAGGCCAGGAGUAGCCACUCUUCGCUACCACAUCAAGAUUGGCGAUGAACUACUGUUAGCCCCUCUGGGGCUUUUUAACACCGAAGUGUUUGCAUUAACUGGACAGGACAAGCGUGGCCAAGGCCAGGCCAAUGCAUCGGGGGAUCCUGAGGAUCCUCACGAUGCAAACUAUUUGCGUGAGACUAGCAGGAGGGCUCACAAAGAGGCCUUGGAAAACCAAAGCACUUCGACAGCUUCCAUGGACCCGAUCGACAAUUCAACCAAUGCUGGUGGUCAAGGCGAAGAAGAUCUCGUUGUUGAUAGUUUAGCCGCAGAUGCAGCCCCUGAUGAUCUACCCCAACAGCAACUUUUAUACAGUCUAGACCAAGCGAUUCUUCAUUCUAUUGAGCGUUGUUCAUCGGACGACAUGAAACGCCGAAUGUAUUCUUGCAUUCUUCUCGUUGGAGGUGGAGCGAAGUUCGAGGGAUUGUCGACGUGGUUGCACAAUAGGUUGUUACUCCAAAUUCCCUUUCAGUUUCGACCGGAGCAGACAGAAAUUAUAGUUGGGCCAAAGGAAAUGGAUCCUUCGAUGGUGGCGUGGAAAGGGGCAGCAAUCAUGUCUUGUUUAGAAUCGGCACAAGAAUUGUGGAUACGACCAACUGAAUGGAAAAAGAUUGGCGUCAGACUUCUACGAGAAAGGGCCCCGUUCUACUGGUAGAGUCGUUCAGUACAUAGUGCUAAUCCUCUAUCAAUAUACUGGGUUUGAGCAGUUGAAA